UCGUCGUUUGUCAUUAUGUUCCGCUACGUGCGCAAGGCAACGCUGCUGCGCGUUAGCGCACUUAUUUCUCGGCACUCUCGCACUAUCGCCGGAUAAUUUGGUCCUUCAGUGGCGCGAUGUGCCUGUUAGAGUGCGCACGCUUCCUCCACCACUUUAUCUGACAGUACGUCGCGUCCGUCGCCGGCGCCCGGUGUGUGUGUACGCGAUCUUCUUUUGUUAUCGCAGGCGGUACGACUGUCAAUUGUUCAGACGCGAGUGUUGUUCGUUUGUUUCAAGGAUAUAUAACCACCUGUUGCCGUCGCCGCUGUCACAACUGCGAGCUAGCUAAUUGUACCAGAAUUGAGGGAUGCCAGCUAGUGAUACGCAUUAGUGCGAUAAGUGUCAGAUGCAACAAUCAGUGACCAGUAAACACUAGUAGACUGUGAUAGAAUCCUAGUGACGCCAUCGAAAUGCAGAACGUGCAAGAAGUGUUGACGGUGCCGCGGGCAGAGAAGCCGACCCCUUCCGAUUUGGGGUUGGGGGUGGCGACUCACGCUCCCGUCGCGGAGUUAUUGAAGAAGAUCCGCGUCGCUCAGCCGCAAGAUAUCGAGUGUCGCGUGCCGAGGGUGACUACGGACAGCUACAGUCAAGGGGUGAACUUCGCGCCUACGGCGAUCAUCGACGACAAAUAUCAGAUUUUCGAGCAGGUCGAAGGUAGUUCGUUGUAUCGGUGUGUGGAUAUCAACACCAAGGAGGAGCUCGUUUGUAAGAUCGUGAGUCGAGACAGCCACUCGCUGGUCUCGGCGCACUUCCGGCUCGAUCACCACCGACGAGUCGCGCGACUGCGCGAGGUGGUCGCGCGCGAUCGCUACCUGUACCUGGUGUUCCCGCCGGCGCACGGCGACCUGCAUUCGUACGUGCGCUGCCGGAAACGGCUCCGGGAACCGGAAGCGCGCCGUCUCUUCCGGCAGAUCGCCGAAACGGUUCGAGUGUGCCACGAGCACGGCAUCGUGCUCAGGGAUCUGAAGCUGAGGAAAUUCGUCUUCGCCGAUGAAGAAAGGUGA